AUGAGCUCUCAUAAAGAAGACUUGAAUAUUUUCUACUUGAGUGUGCUUUUGUUUGGAGUCUUGGGGAAUAUAUUCCUCCUUUAUCUACAUAGUCUUAAGUUAAUCACUGGUCACAGGAAAAGACUCUUAAGCCUGAUAAUCAUCAAUUUAGCCAUCUCUCACAUCUUAAUGAUUCUGUUCAGAGGCAUCUCUGCAAUAAUAUCCAAUUGGGGAUGGAGAGCUUUCCUGAAUCUCACAAUGGGUAAUAUCUUAACUUACUUCAUAAGGGUGACUCGAGGCAUUAGUCUUUGUAGCACCUGCCUACUAAGUGUCUUCCAGGCCAUCACCAUCAGUCCCAGCAGCUUUAAGUGGGCAGAAAUUAAAACUCGAGCUCAAAAGUGUAUUCUUCCCGGCUGCCUCCUAAGCUGGAUCUUCAGUCUUCUUUUGGAUAGUUCUGUGCCUCUGGCUAUGAGUAGUCCAAGGAACAGCAGUAAUGAAAGAUGGAGAAUUGGGCAUGUUUCUUUUGACCUACAUGACACGAGUAUAAAACUUUUGACUUUUGAGUCAUUUGUUGAUGCUCUUUUUAUGGGUCUCAUGAUCUUCUCCAGUGGUUACAUGAUGUUUGUCCUGUACAAACACAAGCAGCGAAUCCAACAUAUACACAGCAUCAACUUCUCCCACAAAGCCUCCCCUGAGACAAGAGCAACCAAAGCAAUUCUGAUGUUGGUGAUCACAUUUGUCUGCUUUAACUCGGCCAGUUCCCCUUUUGUAAUUUAUAUAGCUUCUUCUAAAAUAACCAGACACUGGGGGCUACAGUUCACUGUUGCACUUUCAAUGUUUUUUCCAAUAGUCAGCCCUUUUAUGUUGAUCAGCAUUGACACCCAGAUGUCCCGGUCCUUUUGUUCUCUCUUAGGUUUCAAGAGCUCCUGUCAGGAAAGACUCUCUAGUUGA